AUGGGCGAUACUAUGGUAAUACAAGCUGUGGCUGAUCAGCUUAAGUUAAAAAUUACUAUUGCAGAGACACAUGAAGGGUUUCGUGAGUACAGUAUAAUACAACCUGUAUCAUCAACACAGCAACUAACUCAUGUCUAUUUGGGUCAUAUAGAUGAGUAUCACUAUGUAUCAACAUUGCCAUGUACUUCAACGUCAGGUUUUGUUGAGAUAAAUCCUGAACAGUCAACCCAGAGCUCUCAGCCUAAGCAAACAAGAACACAGUAUAUGAACAAACUCAUGAAACAAAAACGAGCUAAUGAGACACAGAGCCCUGAAGCUAAGGAAAAGAGAAGAGUUUAUGCAAAGGAAUAUAGAAAAACGUAA